CUCCGUCACACCCACGACCCCGAAAGCGCCCGAGCCCAUGCCCCUGCCCCGUAGGGGAGGGGAACCGCGCCUGGCCGGCGCCCGUGUGGUUCGCACUAGCCUCCCGCGGGCGACGCCCCGCUCCCCAAAGCGUGUCGGCCGCGGGGCCCCACUGUUGAGCCAUGCGCAACGCCUCACCCGGCGGCGCCAUUCCUCCGAGCAGGCCCCACCGGAGCCCGAGCAGGCAGACUUCCGCUCUGGGAAGCGGCUCCAAGAGCGCGCCGGAGGGGACGCCAAGGACCUGCAGCACACGCCGGCUGCCGGGAUGGGCUCCCGGCAAAGGGCCAGUGGCGCAGAAGAAGUGGUGAUCCCUUGUGCUUCUGACAGUGACUCAGGAAGUAUAGACCUACAGCUGAACAACUUAGAGGACAGCCAGAAAGACACAACUAAUGAUGAUUUUGCAGAUUUGAACAUCUCUGACAUCUCUGGACUCACUCAGGCGCCCCAUCCAAAUAGCCUCAGAUCCCUGACUUUCCAGGCACCCUUCAAUGAGGACAAUGUUGAGACACUGGUCCAGUCCAUCCAGGAGGUUUUACGUGGUGAGCUAAAGGGUGAAUCUGAAAAGUUGAAGUUCCUAAGAUCUUUGUCUGCUCUGAGUCAAACUUUACAUUAUGACGAAACUACAGAAUCAUUUGUUCACCGCCACAUGGCAGAAAUAGUGCACAUCCUAAGUGUGCUGGUCCAAGAGGAGCCUCUGGACUGUCUAUCCAGCAUGGUGCGCCAGGAGCUCUUUGUCACCAUCACUGACUUCAGUUACCAAGAUAUGAACCUGUUGUUUGGCUCUGAAGACCGAGAAGACUUGCUUGGCCUUACCAUCAAAAGUGUACUCUCUCUGCCUGCCAUAAGCACCCCUACCCAGCUGCCGCACACAGGGUCAAGCCAGAGCAGCCACCCAGAGCAGAAGGACCUAAGCCAGAGUGGACCUGAAGAAGCAAGCUCCGCAGGAGCAGGAGCGGAUCCACUUCAGGAACAUUGGCAGACCGGGAUUGAGCCAGCCACCUGGGCCAGAGCAGACCCAAGACAGGGAACUCCACAGGAACAGUGUCUCUACAGACAGAUGUUCCAGGCCUUCUCUGUGAUGCUGCAGAGUCUGGUGGUAAAAGAUCCACACUUGGAAAAUUUUGACAACAUUUUUAAGCACAUGGAGCCCUGGUUACAGUCAGACAAAGACCAUGAGCGAGAACGGGCUACAACCAUCAUGUCCCAAAUCCUCAAAUGCUUAUCCUCUUAUCUCAACCUGAAACUUCCCCUGCAGUUCCAAAAUCUUGGACAUCUGGUGGCUCUGAUGGCACUGCUGUGUGGGGACCCAGUGAAAGAAGUGGCUGAAGAGGCUGCAGAGGGAACACAUUACCUGCUCCAUAUCACUAUGAAGCUGAAAUAUGUCACGCAGGACAAAGACAAUGGCAAGAGCUUGAAAGAAAUUUUGAAAAAGUGCAGGGAGCUGCUGGGGCACUACAGUAUCAAACAGUUCUACUCUUGUCCCUUCAAAAUUGUCCAGGUCUUUGAAGUUUUCCUUGAUUCACAAGAACUCAGACAGUUCAUAAUGACUACACUGGACAGCCUGAAAAGCCUGCCCCAUCCCUGUACCCAGCAGACAGCAGGAGAGUUGUUGAUAACUUUGAUGAAGCAUGCAGAGGACCGAUUUGAGAAGGUACCAGAAAUAAUAGGUGUUAUCUGUGCCCGGCUAUCAGUAAUCACCUUGCCUAGUGUCCGGCAACAAAUCGUAAAUACUGUGAGUUUGUUUAUCUCCAGACCUAAGUAUACAGAUACAGUGCUUAGCCAUCUCUUAUGUCAUCCAGUGCCAUUUGACAGGCACCUGGCUGAAUUGUGGAGAACCCUGAAUGUAGAACUGUCUAAAACGACCUGGGUCCUAUGGAGGCUCCUGAGAAAGCUGCAGAAAUGCCAUGAUGUGACCACCCAGGAGAAGAUGGCCUAUGUGGCUGUUGCUGCAACAGAUGCCCUUUAUGAGGUGCUUAUGGGAAACAGACUGCGAGAAGCUGCAUUUCGACUCUUUCCUCAGCUUUUGAUGGCACUGCUCAUCCAGAUUCACCACAGCGUUGGCCUCACCAUGUCUGAUGUCAGCAUCCCAAGUGGCCUGUACGCAGGACAGGAAAUACCAACGGAGGUCACACCUUUGUGCUUCGCCAUACAAGCUACAAAGACUCUCCUCCUCAGAACAUUGUGCUGGCAGGAAUUCAGCAUCAUGGAAAAGAAUGAUGGAUGGACCCUUCUGAGGGGAGAAUGCCAUCUUCAGGGAGUAUUCCUGCUUGCCAAUGCCUUGCUGGAAAGAAGCCACGUCUUUGCAUGUAAGACCAUGUACUUGUUAGUCCCUUUGAUUAACCGAGGGAAUGAUAAACACAAGCUCACAUCUGCAGGCUUUUUUGUGGAGCUCCUAAGGAGUCCAGUGGCUAAGAGAUUGCCCAGGUUAUACUCCACUGUCCGCUUGAAGGACUGGCUGUAUGAUGAGAAUAAGCUCUUCAAGAUUCUUGCACUGAGGGGACUACGCAACCUUGUCAGACACCGAGAGAUGAGAGAAGACAUCAAAAGUGUGGUACCGUGCAUCUUAGAUAGCUUACAUGAGUCCGAUGAGAGGAUCGUUUUGUUGGCCAUCCAGAUACUCAUGCAGCUUGUCAAGACACUAGACUCUACCACCUUGGCUUCCAUGAUGAAGAUCCUGUUCUCCUUAUUUGGUGAUGUGAGACACGGCAUCCAUCGUUUGUCCAUGACUCUCUUUGGAGCCGCCGUAAAGGCUGUGAAACACACAGAUAAGAAGUGUGUGGAGAACCACGUCCUGGAAAGCUUGGUCCCAUUGCUGCUGUUUUCUCAGGAUGACAAUGAUGAAAUAGCUCAGGAGAGUAGACGAGUCCUGACUUUGUGUGCCCAGUUCCUGAAAUGGAAGCUGCCCCGGGAAGUGUACUGCAAAGAUCCCUUAUACAUCAAACCGAAUGAAGUUAGAAGGCUCUGCAAAUUCUUUGGAGAAAAAAGCAAGGGGAAAAUAAACAUCCUAGACCAAACCCUAAUGUAUUCCAGGGAUCCAAAACUUCCCAUCAGAAGAACAGCUGUCUUGUUUAUAGGGCUCUUAUCAAAGUAUAUGGAUCCCAGUGAGCUCAAGAUGAAGGGUACUGACUGGAUAGAGAAUGACCUGAGAGAACUGUUACAAGACCCUGAACCAUCUUUGCGCAUCAUCGCCUCCCAGGCGCUGUUCCGAAUCCAGAGGGUAGGGAGUCAGCCAGAAUCCCAGAAAGCAGUCUGCAGGUUGAGGAAGCUCUUCAGCUGUCUUCAUAGUUAGAAUGUAAAACACAUGACCGCAGAUGGAGAAACUGAGGAAACAAACAUGAAAUUAAGUUGCUCUGGGUCACACAACUAGCAAAGGGCAAAGCGAGGAUAAUCCAAGUAUUCUGACUCCUACACCUACAUCCUUGGUUAGUCUGCUGUAUUCAUCUACAAUCUGCUCAUUCUUGCAAAUGGGAAUAAACACAGAUCUGCUCUACA